AUGACGCUGGCGGGCCUCAUCCGCCGGAUCGAAGUCUCCCGCGAGACCGAUGUCGUCACCACGGCCUACAUGAACCGCGACACCAGACCUCUUCCACCAGAGAGACGAACAUACGGACCAUGGCAGUUUGUCGGCCUCUGGGUCGUCACGGGCUCUUUCAAUAUUGGCGGCUGGACGACCGGCUCGUCUCUUAUCGCCCUCGGCCUCAAUGUCUGGCAGGCCAUGCUGACUGUCAUCAUCGGCCACAUCCUCGUGGGCUUCAUCUGCGUACUGGCCGGCGGACCGGGAGCGAAAUGGCACAUUGGCUUCUCGAUCUUGCAAAAGGCUUCCUGGGGCAUGUAUGGCGCCAUGUUCCCGCUUAUACAGCGCAUCAUGCUCUCCUUCAUCUGGUACUCGACGCAGGUUUACUGGGGCGGGCAAUGCGUUCGCACCUUCAUCUCGUCCAUGGCUCCGUCCUUCAACAACCUCGAUAGACCCCUUGCCAACGGAACAAUGACGGUGGCGGACUUUGUGGGAUUCAUCAUUUUCUCCCUCCUCUGUCUGCCGCUGAUCUACAUCCGGCCCGAGAAAUACCACGUCCCGUUCGCCGUGGCCGCCUGCACCGUCAUCCCGACCGUCUUCGCCCUGCUGAUAUGGUGCGUAUCAACGGCCGGGGGUGCGGGGCCGAUGCUGAGGGACAUCACGGCGACGGCCGGCGUCCAGCAAGCUACCGGGUCUCAUCUGGGGUGGAUGCUGGCGUUGGGGGUGUGCACCAACAUUGGCGGCAUCAGCACGCAUAUCUUCAGCCAGUCGGACUUCACCCGCUUCGCGCGCCGGCCACGCGACCAGCUCAUGUCCCAGCUCAUUUUCGUCCCGCUGAACACCAUCUUGGUUGCGUUCAUCGGCAUCGUCUGCACUUCCUGCGCGGCUCAGCUAUUCCCAAAGACCCAGGGCACGUUGGUCUGGGAGCCGUACCGCUUCUUGGACGCCCUGCAGGCGCAUUACGAUAACUCGGCCGGUGUGCGGGCGGCUGUCUUCUUCGCCAGUCUGGCAUUCAUCUUCGCCCAAUUCGGAAUCGCAGUUGCCGAGAAUGCGUUGUCAAACGGGAUCGAUCUCUCGGCGCUGCUGCCGAGGUUCUUCAACCUGCGCAGGGGCGGCUAUCUCACCGCGGCCUUCGCCUUCGUCAUGCAACCCUGGCAGCUGAUGAACGGAGCGAGCAAGUUCCUCACCGUCAUGGGCGGAUAUGGCGUGUUCUUGGGAUCGAUGACUGGGGUCAUGUUUGCAGACUACUACCUCGUCCGCGGCCGGAUGCUUAAGUUGACGCACCUCUACGAGGCGACCAGCAAGAGCAUAUACUGGUACUGGGAAGGAGUCAAUUGGCGGGCGGCGGCGGCAUGGACUAUGGGGACGUGGGCUCUCCUACCAGGCUUCAUACAAAGAGUUCAUGAUCCCAAGGUUGAGAGCGAGGGAUGGUCGCACCUGUAUUAUCUUGCGUGGCCUGCGGGUUGUUCGAUCGCCGUUGUGACGUAUUGUCUUCUUCACUAUGCGGUUCCCAUCGAGAAUCCGCGGUUGAUAGAUGAUGCGGAUUACUUUGGGACGUUUGGCCCGAGAGAGGAGACGGUGCUCGAUGGAGAGAAGCAGUCUCCUUCGGAGGUGUCCGCAGAGGCCGACGUUAGCUCCAAGGCGCAAGUCACUUCCGAGGAGAAAAUAGCCUGA